AAAGCAGCAGUUUAAGGGGGGAAAAACAAGUGUGUGGAGCCAAGAAACAGGUCUGACCUCAGUUACUGGAAUUAAGCAAGGUGCUGUUUUUAAGAGUGUCUAAAGUGGCUGAGACAACAUGAACACCACUGAGCCAGGCUCCAACUUCACCAUUACCUCCAACACAGAAAAUGUAACUCUGUCCAACCUGACCACCACCAUCUCACAGCCUCCAUCCUACUCUUCAGACAACUACGACCCAGAAUUUACCAUCAUGGUAGUGCUGGGCUUAUCACUGCUGCUGGCUGGGUUAGCAGCCUUCCUGGCAGUGUGCAGGCCCUCAGAACAGGAUGGGGACUCCGAGGCGAGCUGUGGCCCAGGGGAGAGCAUGACCCAUGGAAGAAGCCGGUCCAGUGAGCCCCAGCUCAAGGUGUGGAAGAGGCUGGGCUCAUAUCGGCGUUCCUACAACCUCUCCUUCAGAAGACCGCCCCAUCGCAGGCCGUAUGAGCGAGAGGGCACACGUGCAUCCCUGUCUCCAGCCCGACAGACACCACAGCCAGAAGCCAGCGUGGAGCCCCACCUCACUAUGCCAUGUCUAUUUGACUAUGUCACUGAAAUCUGACUUGAGGACUGGUUGAGGGCUAACUGACUGAAAAGAAGCAAUACACGGUAUAUUUCAUGGUUGGUGCUUUGAACAUCACUAAUACCAAGUGUGGAGUACAUAAAAGCAUACUUUGAAUGUUAAGCAAAUAAGGAUUGCAACAAAACGAGGCUUAAAAAAUUGGCAAUCAAACAGCCGUUGUAGCAGGGUUUACAUAAUUUUUGUAUGAAUGAUCAUUUCACCCUCUUUGGCAGGUGACACUGUUGUGCAUAGAUGUUCUUUUUCAGCAAAUUCGCAAGAGAGAAAAUUCACUGAUCCGACAACAACUCAACUUGAUUACAGUUCUCUCAGUUAGAAUUUGAUGUAGCACAGGAAUAAACUGGAUCCAAACUAAACAAGACACACUGAGCAAUAAUCCACCAGCAAUACACAGCAAUAUAGUCAUACUUCUCAGAAUUACUUUUAUUUUGAAGACCAAACUUGACUUCUAAUCACAUUUUGUAGGCCCAAGUAUCAUCCGUCCGCUAAUUCAUGUACAUUUAGACAGAUUCAGGGCGUUUUUGUAGUACGAUUUCAUGGAGGUCUCAAAACCUAAUGAGUUACCAAUACAGACAAUGCAUACACAACCUGAGCCAAAAAGAGACCCCACUGUUCCUGAUUCUUUGUGUUUUGUGAUUGUUAUGUUAAGAAAUAAA